GUUACCGACAUGUCUGACUGGACGGAUAUUCUACCGAGAUACAUGAAGAAAUAAAACGCUCCAACUAUCCUCCACCGGUCUUUUUUUUUGGACGGAGAUGGUCUCGCGUGGAAUAACGGAUUUGUGAAGCUAUGGCGCUCGGGCACGGCUCCAAAAAGUCUCGCUCCUGUGAUUUGGAGGUUUCACCAGCUCCCGUGGACCUGUCAUUGGAAUGGGUGGGGCCCGGUAACAAAGCCUCCAUGACGCCCUCUAAGAUGUUGAGACGACCCUGCAGGUGUCUCCUAGCCUUCCUUAUCAUCGUCACCAUCAUCAUCCUCUCGGGAGGAGCAACUCUGGCAUGGUACUUCCUGGAGUACAGGGUAUGGGUACUGGAGCCCAGGGUACAACAGCAGUAUACUGCUAGACUCUCUAUCCUCAACAGGAACUAUUCCUCUGGUCUCUCCUCUCACACCAGCCCAGCCUUCACAGCCCAGGCAAAGGAAGUACAAGACAUGGUGAGGAGGAUAGUGAAGGGCUCAGACCUAUCUCGCUACUUCAACUCCACCAAAGUCUUUGCUUUUGGGGAGGGAAGUGUGGUGGCACACUUCUGGCUGGUACUGUCAGUCCCCGACAGCCAUGUUGGUAAGGUAACUAUGGAGCGAGUCAGCAGCUGCCUACACAGUCUACUAGGGGCCUACAGAGAGAGCGACAGAGAGGAGACUGCUAACUAUGGAGAAUAUCUGUUGCAUCUUCCCUCUUUCUCUAUCACAGAAACAGACCCCAAAGUUGUAGAACUUUUGAAAGCUUCAUUUGACUGCUACAGGUACCAGGUGGUCAGCUCCAGCACAGCGGUGGCUAUGAGGGGGCCUAACACCCAGCGCUCGUCCUGCCUUUGGCACCUCAGGGCCCCGCAAGGUUCCAGCACCCAGAGUUUCAGACUGGAGCUGAGGAUGGAGUGGCUGCUACCAGAGUGUAGAGAUAGACUGGCUGUCUAUGAUGGUUUAACACCUACUGAUACUCACCUCAUCACCUCUCUGUAUGGCUGCAGCAGACAAGAGCGUGUUGUUCAUGUGUUGUCAUCAGGAGAGUGGAUGACAGUGGUCUGGAAACAGGGUCUCUACAACUACAAAGACCCCUUCUCCCUGUCUGCACAGGCCUGGACCACUGAAAUGUGUUCCUCCAACAUAGAGCUGCAGCCAGUAUCAGGGGUACAGGGUAGUCUACGUACCCCCUUCUAUCCCAGCUACUACCCACCAGACACCAACUGUACCUGGACAUUCACUGUGCCCUCUGCAGACUAUGGACUAUCACUGGAGUAUGAAGGUUAUGAGCUGAGCAGGGCCAACUAUAACCAGGCCUGUACACAGGGACAGUGGAUGGUACAGAACCGCAGGUUCUGUGGGACGAGAGGUCUCCAGCCGUAUGCUGAGCGCCUCUACCUUCUCUCCACGGCAACCAGAGUUAUCAUGACGUCCGAGGUGUCAAUCACAGGGCCUGGACUCCAGGUCCACUACAGCCUCUUCAACCAAUCAGAUCCCUGUCCUGGUCAGUUCCUGUGUACUCUAAAUGGUCUGUGUGUUCCAUCCUGUGACGGCAUCAAAGACUGCCCCAACGGACUGGACGAGAGGAACUGUGUGUGUACAGCCCAGUACCAGUGUCCAGAGGACAGUCAGUGUGUUGACUACUUCAAGGUGUGUGACCAGCACCCAGACUGCCUUGAGGCCAUGGAUGAAGAGAACUGCACAGAGGGUGUACAGUGUACAGACAGGACGUAUGUGUGUGCUGACGGGACGUGUCUGAAGAAGCCCAACCCAGAGUGUGACUUCAUCACCGACUGUCCUGAUGCCUCCGAUGAGAGACACUGUGACUGUGGUCUGAGGCAAUUCACCAGUCGCGUUGUGGGAGGAGUCAACGCUACUGAAGGGGAGUGGCCAUGGCAGGUCAGCCUUCAGAUCGGUGGACGUCAUGUCUGUGGGGGGGCUCUGGUCUCCAGCCAAUGGGUGGUGUCCGCUGCCCACUGUUUCUACGAUGACCGUCUCUCUCCCAGAGCGUGGACGGUCUACCUAGGUAAGUUCCUAUUGAACCGCAGCAGUCAGAUGGAGGAUGCCAUUCGGGUGCAACAGAUCCUGCUGCACCAGUACUACGAUGACGAGACACACGAUUAUGACUUGGCUUUGCUGCGACUGGAGAGACCUGCAGCCCCAGGCACCCUGGCCCAGCCCGCCUGCCUGCCGUCACCUACACACCAGCAAGAACCUGAACUACUCUGUUGGGUCACGGGCUGGGGGGCGCUACGUGAAGGAGGCACUCCCAGUAACGUGCUGCAGAAGGUGGACGUGCGUCUGGUGAGCGAGGAGGCCUGCUUCCGUUCCUACGGUUACAUGGUCACUCCCAGGAUGUUGUGUGCCGGCUACCGCAGCGGAGAGAAGGAUGCCUGUCAGGGUGACUCGGGCGGUCCGUUGGUCUGCCAGGAGAACUCGGGUCGUUGGUUCCUAGCGGGCGUGGUCAGCUGGGGAAAGGGGUGUGGCCGGGCCGACUACUACGGCGUCUACACCCGCGUCACCAAACUCACCGGCUGGAUCAAAGAACACAUCUCUGGACCUGGCUGACCUUCAACAUUCUCACCAUCAUCAUCAUCCCAAAACAUUGUUAUCAUGUAGUAAUUGAUGUGAUCUAUUCUCUAUGUCAGUCCUUAGUAUAUUUAGAUGUCCGUCAGGGUUUUAACAGUGUCAUUGACCUUCUGGCAGUCUGGCACCAAAGUUCAUCAACCUAACAAGCAGACUUUCUGUCUCCUCUGGGCAAAUACACACUCUGCAGUAUUGGGCUCUACAUUCAACACUGCCAGCUAGUGGAAGUUGUUAGAAUUUCAACAUAAUUAAGAACUACCAUACCAAGGCAAUAGGCCCCUCAAAUUCAAAUCUGGACCUUAAAGCUCCACUGCUUUUGUUCAUUCAUCCCCUAAUCAGGGAUGGAUUUACACCUGCGACACCAGGUGUGUGCAAUUAAUUAUCAGGUAGAACAGAAAACCAGCACUACUUGAAUGCACCUGCAAUCGAUCGUCCUUGAUUCCUUCAUCGAAUGUUUGUCUGUUUAUAUACUGAUGUGGAUCGGAAUGGGUUAUGCACAGAUCAUUUCAGUCAGUGCACUACACUUUAAAUGCUGAUUGCUUUCAGUGUAUUUCAUUGAAUGAGGUUUCUGAUGAAAGCCAUUGAAGGCCGAAACGUCAACCUUUAAAAUGAUGAGCCGUUUCCUUUUCAAUUACAUGAUGUUCAUCAUUGAAAAUUAGAGCUUGUAAACCUUUCAAAACAUGAGGGAAUCCUAACUGGCAUCCUAUUCCCUCUGGGCUCUGGUUUAAAGUAGUGCACUAUGUAGGGAAUAGGGCGCCAUUUGGGACGCCAACCAUGAGGGUCGGAGUCAUCAGGAGGUUUCAUCAAUAAACCAGCAGAACUGUAA